AUGGGACACAAGAAGAACAAGAAGCUUGAGAAACAGAAAAAGGAAAAACAAUUAUGGGGAGAGGAUUCAGAUGAUGAUUCGGAAGAGCAUCAUCAUUCCUCUUCCUUGUCAUCUUCUGAAAAGAAUAUCAAUUCUAAUUAUUACAAAUUAUUACAUGAUGAUUGUAGAGUCAUGGAACAAACGAUACUGGAUCAUGAACCAAAACAAUAUUGUCAAAAAAAGAAAUCAAGCAACGAGGAUGAUGAACAAGAGGCAACAUUGGCGAAACAAAAAAAGAAAAAAGUCAAAGAAGAAUCUGCAAACGGUUCGAGUGUAGCCUCUGCAUCAUCAGGAGCAUCGCCCUCUAAAAAAUCAAAGAAAAAGACCAUGUCAAAUUUAGAUUAUGUCAAUAUUUUGAAAGAGUCCUUAACAGAAGAUGAAAAACAAGAAUUUUUCAGCACGAAACAAACCACUCAACAUGUCUUGUCCCCACAAAAUUUACAAACAUCGAUCAGUGAAUAUUCAACUUAUUUAAAUAAUGUCAUAUCGAAUAGUAAUUAUUCCUCAAAUGGCGAUGCACUAUCCACUGCUGAAAAAUUGACCCUAGAACUUUCAAAGCAUUAUGAAGCAUUUAAACAUUCGUAUGAUCGAGGUGAAAGCUUGGCAGCAGUCGUCGUUCUAGUGAGCAAAAUUUCAAAAUUAAUUUUCAAUAGAGAGGAACGCAAUGCUUUCUAUUUAUGCAAAGGAUUGAAUUUGUUUUGUACAUUGAUGUCACGAAUGGCACCAGCGAUGAAUGAUUGUGAAGAGUACAGUCAAAUUGUGGACGAACUUGCUUUUAUCUUGUACAAAUUUGCAGAGCAUGCCAAGGCACGAUAUGUCAUGCUUGCAACUGGAGUAUUUUACUCACUCUGGUUGGUGGCUCAAGCGAGUAAGAAUUCGGCAACCAUUGUUCAUGUGAAUGAAGCGAUGGAACUACUCGGAGGUGCAAUAUCGAUGGGAUUUGAUUUGGGAAAUCUUUUAGUGCACUCAAACAAGCACUCUCCGGAUGUUGAAUUUCUUAAAUCAACACUCAGCGUGUAUGGAGAGGCUGAAUACGUUGUAGACACGUCAUACGGAUGUUUUCCAGAUACUUUUAUUGGUUUUUCUGAGAGUUAUGCCACCAGUGUUUCAGAAAAUGAUUUCAAUGUGAGCGUUCAUUAUGCCAUCGUUUCGUCACGAUCAAAUUUCCUUUCCAAUAAUUGUUUCAAGUGGAAUCCAAGAACAAAUGUAUUAAGCCCAAACGAGACAGGUCCAGGCUAUUACUUGCUGAUUGAUCCUGAAAUUUCAUGGUAUGCCGUAUUGAAAUUUAUGCAAGUGAUUUAUUCCGACAAGUUGUCUGCAUCUUAUGAGGAGUCUAAAACACUACGACCAAAGGAAGAGAGUCUGAAAAACUUUUCUCUAGAACAAAAGCUUAUAUCUGAAGGCUUUCCAAAACUUCUCAGCACUCUGUAUAAUGAAAAGACACGAACCAAUGCUACCAACUGUUUAGAAUCUCUUGGUGAAACCAAUGACGAAUCUGUGGUUGCCAUGCAAUCACUUUUCGAUGACUUUGAUGAACAGUUACUUAAGGAUGAAAUGAAUUUCUUCUUUGGAAAACCCGUGAAUUACACUUACUAUUAUUAUUUUGCAAUGACUACUACUCCUCCGCCUCCGACCAAUACAGUAACAAAACCAAACACAUACACUACCGACUUUCUGAAAAGAAAAACCAAAAUCAGACAACAUGCUAUCGUGUUAAAUGGUAUUGAGGAUGACUUGUCGACACUUUUCAAUAACCUUGUUCGAACAUGCUUUGAACGAGAUGGUAUCAUCAAUGAGGUAGCUGUAGACACCUUUUAUCCUGACAUCAAAAUUACCACAGAUAUUGAAGACUUACAAGAAAUUGACUAUAUUUUACAAGAAGAGUUGGAAAACAAUCCAUUGUUUGCAAAUGUGCUGGAAUGCAAAGGAUUUUAUUUACACAAGUCCAUUUUGUCGAGUAGAAGUGAAUUUUUCAAAAAGCUUCUGCAAUACGAUGGUAAAUCCAAUGAAGACUCGAAGGCCUAUCCCAUUUGUCACAUCAAUAAUUUUUCACUUUCAACCUUAUUUAUUGUAUUCCAAUUUAUUUAUGGAGGUCUACGGGAAGACAUGACCAUGUAUACUGAGAAUCUUGUGGAGGUGUUCGUUGCUUCUGAUUUAUUCCUAUUAUAUGGAUUGAAAAAGUUUUGUGAACAGAAAAUUUGUGAAACUAUUACGGAGGAGAAUGUGGAGCAACUAUAUGCAAUAUCCAUUAUUUACAACUCUGAAUUGAUACGAGACAAGUGCAAAGUAUUGAUGUUUCAACAAAACAUUGUAUUCAGUACAAAUAUUAAGGAUUUUAAGUGA